AUGGCCGAGAAGGGCAGCCGGAACGAGAUGAUCGCCCACGACAAUGUGUUCUACAGUGGUGGAUGGUGCGCAGGCGAAAUUCGACCCGAGUACGCGUGGACCUUACUUGUUGUUAAAAACGACAAGUUCCCUCUCUCGAGACACCGGCUUUUGCGAGUGUUCCCAGAGUACGGAAUGGUUUACGAUCGCGCACAGAGAAAACAACCCGAACCAGAAAAGCCAACAUUGCGUAGCAGACGGAAAAAGCAACAAGAGAAACAAGCUGUCCUUGAUGAUUUAGUCAAGAAUUACAAGAAACAGAAGAGCGACAGGCGAGAGCUGGAGUCGGAGAUCGAGAUCAUCGGACAUAAACUCCACAAACUGAAUGUUGUCGCCCAGACAACAAAGCUGGAAGUCGGUGAAUUGAGGAAGGACAUUCAGACAUUGACUGGGAUGGUGCGUCAACUUUCCUCUAACCAGUCCUAG